GUGACAGACAAAUGACAACACACAGAUAAUCUGUGCGCCGCUAGGACUUGGACUUGGAGCACUAGCCUACUUGGAAAAUAGUGUAGUCUGUAGUUGCUUCCAUUUAUCUUGGUGCCGUCAGACUUAAUUAAAAGUAUGACAGUCGAUGCUUCUGGGAAAGGGUUUACCCUUCCCUCAGGCCCGACAUCGCUAUGCUUUGACAAAGAAGAAUUUAUGAAGAAGGACUUUGAAGUUGACAAGUUCAUUCUGGAAUGUAAGAAGAAAGUGCCUCUGGAAACACUGCGAGAUGACCUGGACCUGUACUUGAAAGUGGUUCGAAGUGCCAUGAUUGAGCUCAUCAACAAAGACUAUGCAGAUUUUGUUAACUUGUCCACCAACCUGGUUGGAAUGGAUAAAGCUAUCACCAACUUGACUGUACCCCUCGGCCAGCUGAAAGAGGAAGUUUUGAGCGUGCAAACAGCAAUGGAUGAAGCCAUUCUAGCCGUGCAGGAGAAAAUUAGACAGCAGCAAGAAAUACAGAGGAAAAAGACAAUGCUACAAAGACUGAUGAAUAUAACCCACUCUGUCGAGAAAAUUGAGAGACUUCUUGGGAUUCAACAAGGAGCAGAACCUUUGUCACCGGGGCAGCUGACUGGACCUUUGAUUGAGAGAGUGGCUACUGAAUUUAACAAACUACAAUUUUAUGUGACUCGAAGCAAGGGCCAACCUUUAGUUGAAAAAGUUAAACCAAGGAUUGCUGCCAUCACAACAACACUGCAGUACAGCUUAGAGGGAUCAUUUUUGUCUGGCCUUGAAACCAACAACACCGCGAUGUUGCGGCAGUGUCUGAGAACCUAUGCCCUCAUUGACAAGACGAGAGAUGCUGAGGACCUGUUCAGAGAACAUGUUGUCCGUCCUUACAUGGAAGAGGUAAUAACGGAGGAAUUCUUACGUCGGCAUCAGAAUGAUGUAUCUACAAUGUUCUCUGAGGUGCUACAAUUUGUUCCCCAAAAAUGUUCAACUUUAGUUGGGGUGACUUCUGGGACAAGUGGUGGUGAGAUUGUGAGAGGCUAUGAUUUCACGGUGAAUGCCGUUUUCCCAGAGAUUGUCAGUGGGUUGGAGUUAAGAACAUCAUCAAUUUUUGCUCCAGGAAAUCCAGAAGCCUUUCAUAAGAAAUACAAGGCUUGUCUCAGCUUCCUUGACCAGUUUGAGCAGAGUUGCAGCUCACAGGCCAGUGUUGGACGACUGCGGAAACACCCGAGCUACACCUCUCUCAUGGCUAAGUGGAGCUUGCCGGUUUACUUUCAGAUCAGAUUUCAAGAUGUUGCUGGGCAGUUGGAAACAGCAUUAUGCUCUGGGUUCAGUUCUCCUUCAGGAGAAUGCGAGUUUCGUCUGGUGUCCACAAGUGCUGUAUGGUCUUCUAUGGCUCAAUGCUGGCAGGAUUCUUUCUUCUUGCCUGCACUUUUGCAUAGGUUCUUGAAACUAAAUUUCCAGCUGUUGUCUCGUUAUACUGUGUGGCUGAAUGAAGUGUAUCAAGAAGAGGUACAACGCAAGUCAGACUCAACAACUGAGUCUAAAAACCGAUCAUCUACACCAGACCGUCUGGGCACCCCCACCUCUGACAUCACAGGUGAUCACAGCGGGAGGACAGGGUCCCCCAAGACUGUUGUGGAGUUGCUUCUCAUUGCUCCCAUCACAGCUGGUCAGAUUGUGGCACUCAUGGCAGAUCUAGAUACUCUGAACAAAAAGGUAUCGCUUCUAUUUGAUGAGAAAAUAUUGCCCAAACUCAUGGCACAAGGGGUCGAGAGCACUGAUGCUAUCAAAGCGGCUCUGCUGGAAGCAGUCACUGAGGCCGGGGCCUGCAGGCCCAAAUUUUGGUCCAUGGUCACGGAGGACAUCGUGAAGAGAUGUGGUGCAUUUCUCACCCAAGUCAAUGACAUUCCUCGUCUGUACCGGCGCACGAACAAGGAAGUUCCCACAAAGCCGUCAACAUACCUGUCAGGGGUAGUGAAACCUUUGACACACUUCUGUGAAGAGCAUUCAGGAACAUUGAAAGAGCAACAGAAACUAGAGUUUCUGACUCAUGUGUUCAUCAGCUUGGCCAAGCAGUUCUCUGAAGUGACAACUGAGGUCUUGACGUCCACAAGGAAAAUGGAGGAAAGUCUUCGUCGUCUAAGGAAAGCCCGUGGGGGAGAGAAGGAGAAGGAGAAAUCAGGGGGUGUCAGCGAUUCGGACAAAAUCCGAACUCAGAUCAUUAUAGACAUCAACAGUUUCCACGAACAGAUGAAGCAGCUGGGUCUACAACCAGUGAGCAUUGAUGGUUACUCAGAACUUGUGUCCCUGGCAGAAGAAGCCCAGACAGAUAUAGCAACCUCUUGAUGUCUACUGUCUCUUCUCUAAAAGAUUAUUGUUUAAGAAAGAAAGAAAAGACGUUAUUAGCUCUUUUUUUUAAAGAGAAUUUUCCUUCAAUGUCUUGUACAAAAGUUUACUGUUGGUACAUGAUAACAUUGUACAAAGACACAACCAUUCAACAAGUAUAUGAUACUAAUGGGCACAUCGUUGUUGAUUGCUAUAGUGCAGCAUGAUCUUGGGUUGUUUUAUUAUGGUUUAUUAUAUUGUUCAUAAUGUGUAUAUAUUCUGAUUAUCCUGGUUUCUCUUUGUUGGUUUGCAAACACAGCUUGUGAUAUAUUAUGUCCAGUGUAAAUUUUAUAUUGCCCAAAAUUGAGUGCAAAUAUUUUGAAAAACUAUUUCAAACUAGUAAUGUGAAGAUGUAGUAGCUAGUUAACUGAGGGAUGCAUUAUCAAUAUCAAUCAUUAAUAAAUUUUAAUACUAUAUAAUAAGAGCUGGUUGAAAGGAACAAUGUGAAGGUGGGAUUGCUAUAUUAAGUUCGGUACAAAUCUGACUAUAUAACCCCACUGUUUUACUUGGAAAAGCUCAAAAUCUAACCUUCAUUUUCUGCAUAAAAUGUAACCACCUUGAAAAAAAAGAAAGUACAUUGUGAAUGGCACUUACUGAUUUGCUUCAUGCCCAAUGGUUUUUCCAGCCACAGUCCAAUGUGCAACAAGCAAUAGAAUCUAAUACUUACUGUCACAUCUUUUGUCUCUUACAAAAUAAUAUUCAGUAAUGAAUGAGCCAGAUGUUAUUCAUGUGUGCACUGAAGGUGGUACAUAAAUAUAUGGAAUAGAUUAGGAUCAACAGUAGUCAACAGAGAGGUUCCUUUUGCCCUCCCUUUUUCUAUCGCUCCCUCACCUUUCAUUCGCUUUCCCUUCUUACCUAUUCACCUAUAGAUAAGCUUUAUUUCUGUGCUUGUGGCUUGGACAAUGGGUAUGAAACAAGCAUGCCAUAAACACAGAGCUCUGAAAAUUAAGGGACUUGGGACUUUUGUUAUCGUUGAUUUUCUUUUUUCUUCAGUAUCAAUGUUUGAUAAUACAGGGGAACUCUCUACGAGGUCGCCUGACCUGACCUUAAAUCUCGUUGAAUCCGAGUGUUCGUUAUAGCAAACAUGAGGUUUUGUGUAGAUAAUUACAGGCACUGAGCAAAUAAUGUUUAAAGA